AAGGUGGAACACCGGAAAAGGCAAGACUAAUAAAAACGAAUAAAAACUGGAUAACACAACCAUAAAGAAAAAUGUGGACCCUCCAAAGACCUGGAUACCCCAAUAACCAUCACUCAAUCUGCCUUUCAAAACAGACCCCAUUAUCAAGCAUUUUGGUAAAUUCCAUUACCAAUUCCCAAACCAAAAUAAAAGGCCACUAUUUUCAGCUCAGAUGCAUUUGAAACUUCAGAAGCUUCUUUUCUCUGUUCUCUGCUCCAGAAAAUCAAUGGCGGGUCGUCCAUUGUUUCCCUUUUUUGCUCUGAGUUAUUUUACAUUAUUCUUGUCUGUAAAUCCGUACAAUUCUCUGGGUUCUCAGAAGGUUGAAGUUUUUUUGUAUUAUGAGACUUUGUGUCCGUACUGUGCGAAUUUCAUAGUGAAUCAUCUGGUGAAGAUCUUCCAGAACGGACUCAUCUCGGCCGUCAAUCUCAGAAUGGUCCCUUGGGGUAACGCUUGGAUCAACUCCAACGGUUCUGUCGUUUGCCAGCAUGGAGCAGAUGAAUGCUUGUUGAACACAAUGGAGGCCUGCACUAUCAGCAUCUACCCUGAUGUGUACGCACAUUUUAGAUUUAUCCACUGUGUGGAGCGGCUCACUUUGGAGAACAAACACACAGAAUGGGCCAAAUGCUUUGAAAAGACAAAGUUGGGCACACAGCCAAUUGAUUGCUACAACAGUGGUUAUGGAAAAGUGAUUGAAGACAGAUAUGCACAGGACACCGCCAAGCUUAAUCCCCCACAUAGGUUUGUUCCGUGGGUGGUUGUGAAUAAUCAACCACUCCAAGAGGAUUACCAAAAUUUUAUGGCUUACAUAUGCAAUGCUUACAGAGGCUCUCCAAAACCUGAGGCUUGUAGAUCAAUUUCAUUUGAGAUCGAAUCAACGGAUAAAUCGAAUUCAGUGCCUGAAGUAUGCCGUGCAGGGGAAGCAAGAAGCUUUACAUCAUCAGAACUAGCCAAGAAGAUUCCAAGAUGAUCAAAGAUUAAUGUUAGCUUAGAAUUUUCCGGGAAAAACAGAAUAUUUAGCUGCCAAGCAGUAAUAAUGAUAUUGCUGGUCCACUUAUGCCAA